AUGCGAUCACUCUCUUCUGCUACUACUGAAGAAGGCAAUGAUACAAAAAAUCUCCCUGGAGAAGGCGUGCAAAGGAGUCAGACUGCCUCUGUUGACAAUGGCACCGCUUUACCUUAUCCCGGAACUGCGGUUUCUGCUACAGGGACCGGAAAUGACUCUUCUUCAUCCAAGCUAUCACAAUACCUUUUAACGGAACUCAAUCCAAGGCACGCGGAUAUCAUUUUAAUAAUCUGCGGGUUCGUCGGCGGCCUGGUCGAUGGCCUAUCAUUCAACGCAUGGGGGAGUUUCUCAAGUAUGCAGACAGGCAAUACCGUGUUCAUUGCCCUAGGUGUAUCCGGGCAACCAGAAUACCCAGCAUACCUGUGGGCAAAGUCCCUCAUCGCCUUGACCGUCUUUCUACUCGGCAACAUCUUCUUCAUUCACCUUUCUCGCGCCCUGACUCCGCUUCGACGAUCAACACUCAUCCUCUCUUUUGGCCUGCAGACUGCUUGCCUCAUUGUUGCCGCCGCCGUUGUUCAGGCCGGCAUCGUCAACCCCAAACCAGAAAACCCCAGGGCCCCGAUUCAAUGGAUGCAAAUCCUCCCAAUCACCCUCCUUGCCUUCCAGGCCGCCGGCCAGAUAGUCGCAUCCCGCCUGCUGGCUUUCGAUGAGAUUCCCACUGUUGUCCUCACUACCCUUCUGUGUGACCUGCUCGUCGACACGAAGCUGUAUACACGCCCUUGGUCGGCUAACCCAAAGAGAAACCGGAGGAUCGCGGCAUUUUUGGCGCUUUUCAUCGGUGCUAUGACCGCUGGCGGUCUCGCGAAAACCACCUCUAUGGCGAGUAGCUUGUGGUUGGCGGUUGGCCUCAAAGGAACCAUUACCCUGUCCUGGUUUGUUUGGCGAGGUACAUCUGACUCAAAGACGCCGAAGCAAGACAGUCCUGUUUAG